CCAAUUGUCAACUUGUCAAGUCCAGAAAGCGAGCGGGAGGGUGAACCGGCCGUUAUUUAGAUAGUUACUUACUUAUUUAAUAACCUAUUGUGCACGAUGGCUGACGACGAUUUCAGUAAACUAUUGCAACAAGCCGAACAAUUAACCACUGAAAUCGAGGGCAAUGAAGAGUUGCCAAGAGUGGAACGUUCUUUGGGCCAGGUGCUUGAGGCGUCCCAGGAGUUAUAUUCAAGAGUUAUCCAGUCAGGAGCUAACGAUAUCCAAGCACAUCUUCUGUUUGGAUCAAAAGGAAUAGAUUUACAACAGAUAUCACAGAAACUUGAGACUCUAAGCUCCAAACGAACUUUCGAGCCACUCCAACCUAUAGCCGAUUCUGACAUUGAAAGCUUUCUUAGAAACGAAAGAGAAAAUGCAAUUUUAUCACUAAUUGAUGAGGUUAACAAAAAUUCCCUACAAACUACUGAAGAUCAAAAAUGGGAACAUAUGCUGUCAGAAUGGAACAGAGAAAAGAUUAAGUUGAUGAAUGCUAUGAUUGGUCCUUCUCAAAAUUGGCUGGACCUGAAGAGGACCCCAGAGCCGCCAAGUAUUGCAGAUGCACCAAAGAAGUUCGGACAUUCCAUGCUUGACAACAUAGAGGCUGCAUAUUCUAGACAAGUACACCAAUAUAACAAGCUUGUGUUCCAAGGAUCUAAAUCAAGGACAGCUUUACAUCAGAAAUUUGCACAAGUUGCUGAGGAAUUCAAUGAUCCUAAAGUUAAGGAAAUGUGGGAGAUAAUAAAGACAAUGGCAAAUAUUCCAGCCCUAGUCAGAGAUGAGGACCCUCUGAAGGCUAGAGGCAACCCUACCAUACAACAAUGUCUUGUGGCUCAAGGAAAGAAAUACUUAGAGAAAAGAUAUAAACUAUACAUGAGUGAUGUGGUGCGUGCAAACCCUGCAGCAGCAAUGCGUGGUGGGGAGCCUGGCACAUACCCACUGGUGAGAGGAUUCGUAGGGCUCCGCCUACAAGGACAGAAUGUGCAGGUGUUAACUGACGGCGUCAUUGAUGAACGCCCGCUCUGGCCCAUGGUCUACUACUGCCUUAGAAGUGGAGAUGCCAAUGCUGCCCUGCAUUGCUUGAGGAAGGCAGGCCGAGAUCAUGAAGAGUUUAUUUCAGCUCUAGAAGAAUACAUAAAGAAUCCAGAGAAACCAUUGAGUGAUAAACUACAGACUGCUAUCAACUUCCACUAUAGAAUUCAAGUGCGAAACUCUACAGAUCCUUACAAACGGGCUGUAUAUUGCGUCAUAGGUUGCUGUGAUCUAAGUGACGAACAUUACGAAGUCGCGCGCACGGCUGACGAUUACCUUUGGCUUAAACUCUCCUUCAUCAAGUCACGCAGCAACAAUGAGACCGAGACAUUCUCCUAUUCUGAUUUACAGAAAAUGAUUUUAGAAGAAUAUGGUGAAACUCAUUACCAUGCAUAUGAGAAACCAGUUGUGUACUUCCAAAUGCUCACAUUAACUGGUCAGUUUGAACCUGCGAUCGAAUUCCUGUCGAGAAUCCCAAGAUUCCAAGUACAUGGUGUGCAUAUGGCUUUAGCCCUUCACGACGUAUACAUGUUAGGAACACCGCGCAACGUUCAAGCACCUUUACUGUCAGUCGACACCGACGAUCCGCCACCGCUCCGUCGUCUCAACUUGGCGAGACUUCUACUUCUGUAUGUCAGGAAAUUUGAACUCACUGAUCCAUCUGAUGCUUUACAUUAUUACUUCUUCUUAAGAAAUCUCAAAGAUCCCAGUGGAAAGAACUUGUUUAUGUGUUGUUGCACGGAUCUGGCGCUUGAGAGUCGCGACUAUGACUUGCUGUUUGGGCGAAUGGAUGCGAUGACUGGGUUGCGCAGCCCUGGCCUACUGGACCAAUUCAACAACCCACAUAUUGAUAGCAAAGUUAUAGCUCUUAAUGUAGCAGAGCAGCUAGUGAAUAAAGGCCUAUUUGAAGAUGCCAUAACAAUGUAUGACAUUGCUGGGAACUUAGAGAAGGUUUUAGAACUAUUCUGUGUUCUAUUAGCACAAGUAGUGAAUAGUGGUGGAGGUGCGGGUGGACUACGGCAGCGCCUGUCUAUUCUAGCUGAGCAUGUGUCAAAGAGAUUACGCUCGGCUGACGGAAGCUCGCUACCGUCAGCGUUAGUUGAGGCCUACACUAAACUGUGCAAGUUGAUGACCUUCUUUGAUCAGUUCCACAGCGAAAACUUCGAAGGCGCUAUCGAGACAUUACGUGAUUGUGAAUUAGUGCCAUUGAACGCAAGUGAGCUAGAUGCUCGCGUAUCUGCUGCGCGUACGGCGCGUGGUGAGCUCUUGCGUAGCUUGCCUGCAGUGUUGCGAGCCCUCUGCACUAUUCUUCUAGCGCAACGACAAAAGUUGCGUACAGCAGCCCAGGCGCAACCACUUGCAUCACAGAACAAUAAGCAAGUGGAAUGGUUACGUGAACAAGCUGAAGUACUGAACACCUUUGCCGGCAACAUUGCAUACAGAAUGCCGGGCGACACCUACAGCCAGCAUCUCUGUGACUUCAUUUAUAACUGGCAUUGGUUCUGGGUCCACAAAAGGCUGGGGAUCAGGCAAGCCUGCCCUGGUGCACAGACAUGGAGAGAUUGGAAAUCGAAUGUCAAGAAAAAGGCAUUUAAAAUAAGAAAAAACAGAUUUACACCAGGAUGUAAUGCUAACACACAACUAACUGAGGCUGAGGAGAAAAUAUUAAGACUUAUCUGUACAAACACUUCAGUUUUUGGACUUUCAGGAGUACCAGAAACUUCAGCAGUUAAUACAAUGGCACCUACACAAAGUACAGGACCUACAGAUGACAUGUGCGGUGCUGAUCCUUCCACAAGUAAUAUGAAAUGGCCAUCAGACUCUCAGCACUUUACAGCAGCAGAUAUAGAAAUGAGUCUUGGUGAUGGAGUAGUCACAGACCCUGAUGCUGGUAUGGGACCCAAUGAAGUGUCCUCAGCUCCAGUCACAGGGAAACCUUUAUGGAAACGAGGAAGACCAGUCAGACUUGUACAUGACAGACUUCUGAACUUAGAAGAGGAGAGAAUUAGAAUAGAGAAACAGAAGCUUUUAGAAAAGAAAAGGUGUAACAAUAUGAGACUUAAAAUGGAAAAAGACAGGCUUGAGAUUGAAAGGCAAAGAAAUGUCUUGUUAGAGAAAAACGAAUUUUAUGUAAUCAUUAACAUGGAAAGUAAUAAUUUAGAUCGCGAAUUAGUUGGGCUAUUGUUCCCUGGAAUUGUUAAAAACGACGACAAGGCUAUUGCUUGUUUAGGUGGAAUAAGGAACAUUUCAAGUGUUUACAGCAAUGCUGGAAGAAAGCGUCUGGGAUUAUCUUUCCAACCAGAAAAUCCAUUUGUAAGAAAGAUAUAUGGUUCCUCCAAAAAAGCAGCUGGAGUGCUUAUGAAAGUCAAAGUUAAGAAAGUGAAGGAAGGUGAUGUAAUAAGGAGGGAAGUUAUUUCAACAUCUGUGGUUGGAUGUGUUAAAACUAUGUUCAGGUUUGAAUCAAUGUGUGACUUCCAAUAUUUGCCAGUACACAGAGAGACAAGUGAUGGCCCUAUGACUUGUGAUCUAGAAAAAUAUUUACCUUCUGGGACAGAUACAAUAGAUUUCAUGCUUCAACCAGCUCCACUAUUUUUAAUUCCCUCAAGCUUCACUAGGUUUGAGAGACCAAUUGGCUAUGCAUAUACAGACAAGAGAUACCCAGAACGGGCUUCUCCAGAUCGAGAUAGAGAAAGUGUUCACAACAAAAUUAGGAAUUUAAGAGGAACACAAGUGACUCCAUAUAUAUUUAAUUUGAUUGAUGACUUGCCGGCUGAACCACAUGAAGUAUAUCUAAAGCAGAGAGAACAGAGGCUCGAGUGCCAGCCAACAUUGAAUCAAGAGUUUGAAAUUGUUAAAAAGCUCCUUGAAGAGAGACCAAUAUGGUCGCUGAACUUAAUAAGGUAUCAUACAAAGCUGAGGCUGGUAUCCCUGAAGGUGAUUAUGCCGUGUCUUGCUGUGUACAUGAAGACUGGUCCCUGGAGGUCAAUGUGGGUGCGGUAUGGAUAUGAUCCUAGAAAGGAUCCUAGCUCUAGGAAAUAUCAGACAUUGGACUUCAGGUUAAGACAUGCAGCGGGUGUGAGGUCCAUGAUAAUGUCUCGUGACGACACGAUGGACCGCGAGCGACAGCCGAAGAGGAAGUUCGCGGAGACUGCACCGGCGAACGAGGACAUUGCUGAGGGGACCGUGUACUUCCGACCAGGAAUCACGCCCGCACAGCGGCACAUAUUCUACCAGUACUGCGACAUCCAAAUACCAGAAGUGGAAGAGAUCCUGGCAGUGGAGCCGCCGCCGGGGUACAUGUGCCACCUGAAGCGGGGCUGGCUGCCGGCCAACACGGACGAGAUCUGCCGCGACCACAUGUUCCGAUAUGUCAAGGAUACGCUGUUCAAUAGCAACAAUACCGAAUUGAAGUUUGAGGCACCCAGUGGUAGUGACAGUGAGUCUAACUCUGAGGACGACACUGCUGUGAACGAUGUUGAUGAUGUUGAAGAUAGUAAAUAAACAAUUACUUGUGA